AUGGUCAUGGGUGAAGAGUAUGUCGCUCUCAUCUACCGAGAUAUGUGGUAGCUAGUUCCUCAACUAUGUGGUGCUAACAUUAUUUCUUGUAGAUGGGUUUUCACCCUUAAGUGCUUUCCUGAUGGGACGGUACACCAUUAUAAGGCACAACUAGUGGCUUGUGGGUUCUCACAAAAGUACGGCAUCAAUUAUUCCCAAACAUUCUCCUCGAUGGUUCAACUUGCCUUGGUACGCAUAUUAGUCUCUAUGGCGAUGAAUCUUAAUUGGUCACUUCAUCAACUCAACUUCUCCAAUGAUUUCCUCUAUGACAACCUUGACGAAGAAGUUUAUAUGAAGCAACCUCUUGAGUAG